AUGCUUCCCCCCUUUGAUUACUUUACGUAUCGUCGCAUCCGGGACCUCAAGAGGAGGGAACGGGCGGCUCGAUUUGCAUCGCUAUCUCCCGAUUAUCAUGCGCCCUUCUCGGCUAUCGACAGGGUUAUCAUUAACAAGCCUAUCCAGGACUUGGUAUAUGAGGUCCAGAAUGAUUCCUUGGCACCUUUAGAUGUCCUACGCACAUACGGCAAGGUUGCAGUCAAGGCUCACGAAAAGACCAAUUGCGUGACUGAGCUUCUAUUGCCUGAGGCAGAAUCAUGGGCUCAGUCCGAAGUAAACCUAAAAGGUCCCCUGGCGGGUGUGCCUAUCUCUUUGAAAGACUCGGUGCAAGUCAAAGGAUUCGAUAUUACUCUGGGGUAUACCAAGUUCGCGUGUAAACCGUAUAAGGAGGAUGGUCCAAUGGCAAAGCUGUUGAAGGAUGCUGGUGCGGUCCCAUAUGCGAAAACGGCGCUGCCCGUGACGCUUCUGUCGUUCGAAUCAGCAAACGCUCUUUGGGGUCACUGCCUUAACCCACAUGUCCCGGAAUACUCUCCUGGCGGCUCGACGGGUGGUGAAGGUGCUCUGCUGGCUCUUGGUGGUCGCAUCGGUAUCGGGUCGGAUGUCGCUGGCUCGGUUCGCGUUCCCGCUGCCUGGAGCGGCAUCUACUCCCUCCGCUGUAGUACUGGCCGCUGGCCUAAGGUCGGAGUCAACACCAGCAUGGCUGGCCAGGAAGGUGUUGCCAGUGUCUUCAGUCCUAUGGCCCGUACUUUGAACGAUCUCACCUAUUUCACCAAAGCUAUUGUCGGAAUGAAGCCUUGGAACUACGACCAUACCGUCCACCCUAUCUCCUGGAGAGAAGAUGAGGAAAUUGAAGCCCAAAACAAAAGGUUGAGGAUCGGCCUCAUGAGCAACGAUGGUGUCGUUCCCCCAACGCCGGCCAUUGAACGUGCUAUUUCCACCACAGUAGCCGCCCUCACCGCCGCUGGGCAUACUGUAUCUGAGAUCACACCCCCCGCUGCGGCUGACACUUUUACUGGUCUCUCCCUCGCCUCGCAGCUGCUCAACUCUGAUGGGUGCGUCACGUUUAACUCGCAUCUGCACAGCUUUGAGCCAUCCGACCCUGGUGCAGAUCAGCUGACGCGGAUAUGCAAUCUGCCCCGUCCUCUACGUUAUCUCUACUACCUUUGGGUUCGGUACAUCCGACGGGAUGAGAAGUGGGCGACGCUGAUCCGCGGGUUUGCCCCCAAGUCUGCGGCGGAGCUUUGGAAGCUCACUGCCCAGCGGGAAGCUUUCCGGGCGACCUGGCACAGCUGGUGGGAUGCCGAGACGCAGCAGUACGAUUUCAUCCUCUGCCCCGUCAAUGCGACGCCGGCUCUGCCCCACAAAGCCAUGCACGAUGCGGUAUCCUCAUGCGGAUACACGUUCCUCUGGAACCUGCUGGACUACACAGCCGGUGUCGUGCCUGUCUCGCACGUGGACGCGAAGAAGGAUGCUCUGUCUGGUCCGUACAAGAAGGUGCUGAAACAGCUGGGAGCCAGCAACGCGGUGGCCUACGGUGCCUGGAAGCACUACGACGCGGCGAAGAUGGCGGGAUUGCCUACUGCAGUGCAGGUGGUGGGACGCAGAUGGCAGGAAGAGAAGGUGCUUGGAUACAUGGCGGCAGUUGAGGAGGCCUUGGAGCAGUAUCAGGACCCGGUAACUGGAGAAGGGGGGAAAUACCCAUUGAUUGAGCUUGACUAG